CACACCAUACGUACCAUUGCACUGUGAAAGAAUGUUUCACUUUUAUCACAUCUUGGCCGUAUUGGUCUUUACCAUCGGUGGUACAAAGGCCCAAGGAGGAGGAACUACUGCCGCUGGAGAUUCGUACGUAUGCGUCCCGGCAGGUUAUUGUGCCAAUGGUGGUACUCCGACUUCUCCGGGAAUUGAUCCUCGGAUAGUUACUCCCGGAAACGAACCCUGUCCCGCCGGGCAGAUACCUUGUUAUACGCAAGGACCAUCGAGUAGGUGUGGCGAACGGCUUGUUAGCCCAGUAUCAACGGCCGAUGGUCAAGCAACAGAUGGUGCUCACCCUUGGCAAGCUUACAUUCGAAAUUCAACCAAUCCUGUAUAUGCUGGUAGCGGCGUACUUAUCGACAAUUACCACAUCCUCACAGCAGCUCACAAAGUAUAUGGCGACAGGGGCAAUCCAGCAGCGGUGUCAGUUCUAAUGGGUGUAACAAACCCAGCCAAUUUAGCCACCGCUCAAGUCAGAACAGCAGCCCAAAUCACCAAACACUCAAAUUACGACCCUGCCACCCUCAAGAACGACAUAGCAAUUAUCACAGUUAGUGAUCCCUUCAACCUAAGUGGAAAUAUCAACUCGCUCUGUCUUCCAGCGGCCAACGGUGGAGCAGAAAGUGCCGGUGCCUACAUCGGACAAACAUGUGUCGUGGCAGGAUGGGGUGAAACAAGUUUUCAAAUAGCGGAUGAGCCUACCAAUCCCAUGAAACAAGUGAAUAUAAAUCCCAUUGGUAUUGCUGCAUGUAGAGCUGGAUUACUACCAGUUCUGCCCACAGUUGAUACAUACUUAGAUCAAAAUGGCGGUGAAAUUUGUGCCGGAGGUCAACAAGACAAAGAUGCUUGCACGUACGAUGGAGGUGCACCGUUGACGUGCCCUAACACGGGAAAAGGUACCAUGGUUGGAUUGGUUAUUUGGGGUAAAGGGUGCGGACAGGCUAAUGUCUAUGGUGUCUACGUGAGCGUGCCCUAUUACCGAGGAUGGAUCGACACCGCAAUAACACAACUUAACGGCUAGCCAUUCAAAGUCCUCACGUUGAUGUAAACUCUACUUAGGUACUGCAAUUGCCAUUAAAUGUUGUGUUAUUAUAUGUAAAUAUGUAUUAAAGAAUAGAGUGUCUCU